ACACUUGCUGCUCCAAUCAUCCCAAUUUCCAGCAGAACGAUUUGAUCAAACCAGAUAUUCUGGACGUCGCCUCUUACAGUUUCCGCCGUGACAUUGUCAAGCGACGGUAUAAAGAACGUACAAAGAACGAUAAAGUGAAUUGGGGUUCGGCACAGAAAUGUUAACAUCACGCCUUGUAUUGAGCUCCCUCUUUGUGGUCUUUCUGUUGCAGCUUCCCAGAUCUUCUGAAUCAUGUAUCCAUUGCUAUCACCCACGGGCCAUCACUCAUAGUCCCAAUAGUCAGAAUCACGGUGCCCAGGCUGUUGCCAUUGCUGUACCACAGAAAAUUCAACCAUACGGUGUGCAUGUAAGGAGCAAAUCUAUUGCUGCUGCUAGUGCAGCCGGACGACAAUUCGUGGAAAUCUUCAAGAAACGGUGGCUGAAAUUGCAAAACACCAUCUACGUAAUUCCCAAAUGCAACGUAUCCAUCGUCAGAAUAACUGCUUCUGCAGCUGUUGCGGCGGGGGGGAUCGUAGUGCUCUCCCGCCACCAAUUGCCAUCGAUGACGAGAGAGAAACUCUAUAAGCAGGUAUGGAGGAACGAAGCCGCCGAGGGCCAAGACGAUGCAACAAAUCAAAACGAUGGCAGCAUAUUCGACGACGAGGACGAAGAAGAUUUUCAACCUCUUGUCGAUAAGGAAGAAUCACCCAUGACGACCGCUAUGAUUGCGACCAUUGGCGUUUACAAGAACUUUAUUAGUCCUCUGCUCCCCCCCGCAUGCCGUUUUGUUCCCACUUGCUCCCAGUAUGGUGUCCAGGCAAUAAAGGAGUUUGGACCUUCCAAAGGAGUUGUUUUGACGUCAUGGCGUCUUUUGCGAUGCAGUCCUUUCGGGGGAAAAGGUUAUGAUCCACCAAAAUGGCCACCGGUUUCAUAUACUUAUUCCUCUUACUGAGUGAAGAGAUGUUGAAAAAUAGAAAUAUUGCAUGAACAAAUAUCAUCGCAAUCCAUUCAAUGUAACGAUAAUACGAGAGCAUGAUUAAAUAAUGAWUUUUUUAAGAC